CAUUAUGUUAUUAUUGUUAGAUUAAAAUAAAGAUACAUUCAUUGUAAGGAUCAAAUUAUAUUUCUGAUACACAUUAAAUUACCAAAUUCAUUGGCUCGUGUGAACUUUACGUUGUGUGUAUCUGUGAAGACUUGUGCGACUGUUUAAAAAGAAGUUCGUAAGUUGCACAUCAGCAAACUUCAAAGUUCAAACAGCCAAUGGAUCUGUUUUCCUCCCUGUAGAACGAUAUUUAUAUAUGACAUUUUCGCAAAAUUAACAAGUAUUUAGUUGGAAAAAAAUGGCAGAGCCGACAAUGCCAUGCACGUAUGAGUUUUCGAGAGGCUAUGGUACUGGUGUGGCAGAAGCGCUUGGAAAUUGGGGCUUCUCUAAUCAAACGUGCAACGCUGGCCAAGAAUUACGACGUUUAAAGUGUCUCUUUGCAGAGAUGGAUUCUUUACGUAGCAACAACAAACCGGUGAUGUGCGUUAAAUACGAUCGCAGAUACGAUCCUGAUGCGUGGUACGUUAAGCCUAGCCCUGAUGAAUGUAAACCGGCGUGGACAUUUCCUGUAAAGAGGCCUCUGAUUACUUACUGCUCAACUGCAACAGUUAUGAAAGUUUCCAAUCUACAUGAUGUCGGAUCGGAAUUAACGCACGUUAUUCCUGGUCGUAGCUAUGUUCAACAGGGUGUAUGUAUAUAUUCUUUCAAUGAGUUUAAUCAUUUGAAGCGAGUUAGCAAGGCUUUUAUUACGUAUAAUUACCACAUAAAUUUUGGAUAUACAUUGUAUCCUAAAGUAGAUACUCCGUACAAUUAUAUAAUUUACUUUUAGACGGCCAAAUGGUAUCGUCGAGGUUCAAAUUGUUGUUAUCAACCUAGCUGUUUAGCCCCGCAAUGUCCUGUACGAUAUUGUGAAGGCUAAUCUUCAAAAUUUUUAUAUAAUUGUAAUCGUACUUAAAUGGUAAUGUUAAACUAAAUAUAGUUUUGAUUUUUUCUAAUGAUAAAGUGUAAUAUCUGCGUAGUACAUAUAUAU